GAGACUCAUGUGAUCCACACGUUUAAAGAAGAUUUCUAUGGACAGAUCCUCAGUGUAGUCAUGGUGGGCUACAUCCGUCCAGAGAGGAGCUAUGACUCGCUUGGUAAGAGUACUGGUGUACACACACACACACGCGUUCCUCCAUCCUUGUACGGACACAGCAAUCCUCAGAGACUUAAGGACACACAUUCUCACUCCUGUCUCUGUGUUUGCAGAUGCCCUUAUAGCAGCGAUCAACAAUGAUAUUGAGGAGGCCAAAAGAAAGCUGGAGCUCCCAGAACACCUCAAACUCAAAGAGGACAACUUCUUCAGAGCCUCCGCCAGCACGUCCAUGACGACGUCCAACAAGAUCAUGAAUGGCCACUGA